AUGAAGGGUCUCAUGGCCGAGGACUCUAUCCCGUCAUCUCGCUUUGUCGAGGUCUGCAGGCUGCGAUCCAUCGAACAUGAGCUCAACGAGGGAGACACGCUGGUCUUCAUCGACUUCCCCGAUCUUUCGCGGCGCCAAUGGGGGCAAACCGACUGUUACGGCAUGCCAUACUCAUCGAAAAAGUUCCGUGUACACUCGAAAAAACUGCUCGCAACUGGCUCCGCUAAGUUCGCCGACAUGUUAAGCCCGACUUACCAGUUUCGUAUUCAAAGACGGAAGAAGCUGGCCAAGAACCUCCCAGAAGGCAUCAAGUACGUGCUCGACUUGACGCCGCCGUCUGAGGGCGAUGAACUCGUCUUCCAGAUGACUCAGCUGUCUCUCACUCCCGGAAUCAUCAAGUGGUGGGCUUCCAAUGCCCUUCACAAGGUGUCCAACUGGUUGGUAUCUGGACACGACGACGUCUGCACAUGUGGUCAGCCGCCCAUUCCCGGCUGGGGGCUCCCCAAAGAAGAGGUAAAAGAGCAGAGACAUGAUGAGAAUUUCAAUGGAGACACAGCGUCAGACAUCAACAACAUGAUCAACAACAACAGCAAUAAUAAAACAGAUGGCAUUGAUGCCAUUAAUGGACCGAAAAUCAUCCCGCCCUCGCCGCAAAACUUGGUUGACAAGCAGCUUCACGGAAUCAACCGACCGUAUGAGACGCCAGAGUACCGCAACAUUCCCGACUACUGCCCCACGCGCCACUGCAAUAGCAUCAUCCGUCUGCUGCUGAUGAUUGAGGGACGCGAUGUCAUGCUCGACUCGGCAAACCGUGUCUGGACUCUUGUCGCCCUGGCAAAGAUAUUCGACUGCACGUCCGUCAUUAGAGAUCAAGUGGCCCAGUGGAUCAUGUAUGCCGACAACACCAAGUUCAUCGAAGUCCUCCCGGAAGAAGCACUGCAGAUUGGCUUUGCCCUAGAGCUUGUGCAAGUCACGCAAUGUGCUUUUCGGAUACUCGUCAACGAGCUGGCCCUCAAGGAAACAAGCAUCGACUCGAACCGGGAUUUGAGUCGUGUUACUGUUUUCGGAAGAAGGCUGGGCAAUCUAGAUGACGAGCUGCAAAACAUAGUUCAACACGCUGCUCGGGCUCUUGUUGAAAGGGUGUCACUGAUCCCUGACACAUUCGAGAGUCAACAUAGCCUCGACUGCUGGAUGGUUGAGGAAUGGGUCAAGCUUCGAAAAAUGGAAGGUAUACUCAUCCAGCAUCGCUCUGCAUCUGGCAAGCUGGCCUUGGAUGCCCUGCGCGACUUGAUGACGUCAAUCCAGAAUACCGUCUCACACGCCUUCAACAGGCCUAUAUUGGGCACUGAAAAUGCACGGCAGGCACUUAUUUCCAUGGACGAGGACCGGGCUACCUAUGUGCUGCCCAACGACUUUCAACGGCUUGAGGACAUUUUACCAGAGUUUAAUCGCACCCAGAAGCUCCUGUGUCCGUUUAUUUACCAGCAGAUAGGCGAGCUGUGGGAUACCAACUACAGUCAAUCCAGAUGGCAGACUCUAGUAUAUGCAUCAUCGACCAGGUCGAUGGCCCGGGCACAGGCUCAUGUGCAGCAGAUGGUCGAGGUGGCCCCAGAACUAGCGGCCUUGGCCCCCUUUGAGAUGUUCAUGAGUCCGGAGAAUGGCGUUGAAGGAGGGACUCUCAGCGUGAAGGAUCCGCUCAUUGAUCUAAACGUCCUCAACCGGCAGAUUCAUGAUGCCAUCUUGCCGUUCAGCAGUUCAUGGGUACGGUUUGACAUUGAGCCAGCGCUGAAUCUGACCCGCCACAUGCUUCUCACACUCGAUUACAACGAGCUGAAAUUCCUUCCGCUCUGGGCUGGAGGCUGCAAUGACGGCACCGGCGGCGUGUUUGAGACGGAGCUUCCUCCUGCUCAAUGGGGUCCGAAUGGGCCUGGGCCAGCCUAUCACACCGGAAAUACGAUUCCUUCCACCACUUCUAGCGUCUCAGGCUCUUUGGCCGACGACUUCUCUACGAUGAAGGUUAGGGGCAGCACCGUAGUUGGGUCGCUGGACGCUCAGGACAGCAUAUCGACUGUGUAUGCCCGCGACCACGUCAUUGCCGACAAUGUCUCCGUUGCGUCUGAGUCUUUUGACAUGGACGGAACGGAGUAUUACCAGGAGGCGAGGUUCGUGAUCCCGGCAGAGCAUCAGGACACUGGUCGGGCGGUGGACAUGAUGGUUGAAUCUUUGCACUCUGAUGCGGAGACGGCGUCGGUCAUGACGGAUAGAGUGACGACGACGGGGAGUAACCACGAUAGCGGCGAUGACGAUGUUAUGAACAUUGAUGAUCCGGUGGCUAAUGUGAUUGCUCAGAGCGAUGAGAGCGAUAGCGAUGCGAGCACGUCAGGGGGGUGGGAUGAGAUAUGA